CACACACACACACAUCCAGCCAUGGCAUCUCAGCAGCAUGCGACACUCACACACAAGCUCAGAAAGCCUCUGGUGGAGAAGUUGCGGCGAGAGCGGAUCAACGGCAGCAUCCAGCAGCUCAAGUCCCUGCUGGCUCCGGAGUUCCUCACCCGCCAGCCCGACUCCAAGCUGGAGAAGGCCGACAUCCUGGAGAUGACCGUUUGCCUCCUGAGGCGGCUGAAGUCCUCGGACGGCGCCGCCGCCGCCUUCCGCGGGGGCUACUCCAGGUGCGCCAGGGAGGUGGCGCACUUCCUGUCGGAGGAGAGGGCGAGGACGCACAUCCCUCCCUGCGAGGAGGAGGACUCGUCUCCUCUGAGCGCCACCAAGGAGGAGGACUCGUCUCCUCUGAGCGCCACCAAGCAGGAGGACUCGGCCCCCUGGAGGCCCUGGUAGACCCCCAGGACGUCGCCUUUUGUAAAGGCUUACUUUCACUCUUGUUCUUUUUUUAAAAGAAGUCUUUUGUAGCUUACUUUGUUACGUGGUAAAGACAAGUACUCCCCGUGGGAAUGCACACGUAUAUUUCCUCCAUCACAUAUGGUGUUGUUUUUUUCUCCAUUUAGGAGCAAUUUUUGACACAUGUUGAACAUGUCGGGGUUGUUUUGACAAAACUAAUCUGCAUUUUAGCCAGAUGUUGAAAUGUGCUGCUUCUGUGAGUGACAGCACAGGUGUUCACGUGAAUGUACUCCUCCUCAAACCAAGGCGUCGGCAAUAAAAC